GGACAUCUUUCUCUCACUUCUUCCUUAUUCGUUCCGUUCGCCCUUCCCUUCGGCUUCCCGACGAGUCGACGACCCACCGCUGCCGCCAUGGCGACUCGCCGGAAGCCCUCCUCAAAAACUGUAGACGUCCGGCCGCCGAUCUCGGCUAAGGAAAACAAACCGCUGCCUGUGGAAGACCCGCCCCUGGCUCCGCCGAAACUUGGCAUCAUCGUCCCAACCGCCGCCGCGUUUUUCCUCCCAUUCUUUUACCUCGUCUUCGUGCACUACCAGAUCGAGCCCGAAUUGCGUAGAUCCAUCUCCAUAAGUGCCGCCAUGAGCUUCGGCGCCUUCGUCGUGGCGCUGCGAAUGAUCCCCGUGGCGGCACGCUACGUGCUGCGCCGAAAUCUCUUCGGGUUUGACAUCAAUAAGAAGGGGACUCAGCAGGGAGCCAUCAAAGUGCCUGAAUCUUUGGGCAUCGUUAUUGGAUUUGUCUACUUGGUUGUUGCUAUAUUGUUUCAGCAUUUCAACUUCACAUCAGACUCCAAUUGGCUUGUUGAAUAUAAUGCAGCACUGGCUUCUAUCUGCUUCAUGAUUCUUCUGGGAUUUGUGGAUGAUGUUCUUGACCUCCCUUGGAGAGUAAAAUUGGUGCUACCCUCAUUUGCAACUCUUCCCUUGUUAAUGGCAUAUGCUGGGCAUACUACCAUCAUCAUACCAAAGCCACUUAUUCAAUAUGUUGGAGUAGCUGUUCUUGAUUUAGGUUGGAUUUACAAGCUAUAUAUGGGCAUGCUGGCAGUCUUUUGCACAAACUCCAUUAACAUCCAUGCUGGUUUAAAUGGCCUGGAAGCUGGGCAGACUGUUGUAAUUUCUGCUGCAGUCUUAAUCCAUAAUGUGAUGCAAAUUGGUGCAUCCACAAACUCGGAAUAUCAACAGGCUCAUGCAUUUUCUAUUUAUCUUGUCCUUCCCUUGCUGGCUACUUCAUUGGCUCUACUUUCGUAUAACUGGUAUCCUUCAUCAGUCUUUGUUGGUGAUACGUACACCUACUUUGCUGGAAUGGCUUUGGCUGUAGUUGGAAUUCUUGGCCAUUUCAGUGAGACACUCCUGCUCUUCUUCUUGCCUCAAGUUUUGAAUUUCCUGUACUCCUGUCCUCAGCUUUUUAAGAUAAUUCCUUGUCCAAGGCAUCGCCUACCAAAAUUUGAUCUUCAAACAGGACUGUUGACCGGGACAAAGGAUGGGACCCUGGUCAACCUGUUCCUCAGAUUGUUCGGCCGGUGCACCGAAAAGAUGCUAUGCAUUAGACUUCUUAUUUUCCAGGCUUUGUCAUGCCUUUUCUGUUUCUGGCUGAGGCAUUUUCUUGCUGGAUGGUACAAAUGAGAUUAGAACACCGAACUUGGAAAAUUUACAGUUGUUUACUCACAUCUCGGCGGGUAGAUUCCUCGAGGCAACUUUUUUUGAAACUCAUAAAUUAUAUGUUGUUCUGGGCUGAGGAAGAUGAUAAGAUUUCUGGUUGGUACUUCACUUACCCGUGUAAAAAAAAAAUUAAUAUUGACUGUAUUCAAGUUGAAUAGAAUCAUUCGACUUUACUUUUGUAAGAUUUUGUGCACUUGUCAAAUGUUGUCUGAAUUAGAAGAUUCAUCAAUAAAAUUUCUGGUUUUCUGAAA